GCUCAUCGGACGGCCAAGACCUCGUAGUGCUCAGUCGACAGGACCUCGACGCGCGAGCUAACCGUACGCCAGAGGAUGAAUCUGUAGUUGGCGACCGGAAGAUGGACGAUGGCCACACCAUCGAUGAGGAGGCUUUCCUUUCAGCCAAGACACCGCGGUGCUGUGUGCCACAAACACCAGGAGCGCAAUUCCCCGCACCCGUUUUCGCGGCCAUCGACUCAGAAUCAGAUACCCUGAUCGUCAAAUCCGGGUAUUCCGCGCUCAGCGACCACAAUCUCAUCCUCUCCUUCCGGACCCGGUUUAUCACCGAGCUCUACCUCUGCGGGUCGCUAUCUAAUGUAUCCGUCUACGCCACCGCUCUCGACGCCGUGCGACAUGGCUUUUCAGUCACUCUGGUCGAGGACUGUCUUGGGUACCGCAGCUUCCCCCGCCACGAGGAGGCGAUGCGUCGUAUGGCGGACAUCUUCGGCGCCAGCGGGAUCACCACGCAGGAGCUGCUGGAGGAGCUGGAUUGGGAGGAGACCGACGCGAUCGCCAGAAGUAGCAAUCCCCGUCCGUUACGAGCAGGAAAUCGUGCUGAAAUCGAAGGGGUCAUGGAUGGACUGGGGUUCGGGUCCAAAUUCCGAUCGGCAGCCAGGGAUGAGAGCCCAGAAGCUUUAGUGGGCAGCGGCCGGCGCCGCAGGAUUGAAGAUCUCAUGGCGGAGUUCUCCGAUCACGACAACCAGAGCCUGCAGGAGCUAGCUAAUAUCGCCCGCGCACGAGUGCGAAAUGCCUCGGAGGCACAAUCUACGGAUCCUGGCGUAGUCAAGGCCCGUACACGUGUCCGUCGCACAAAGAGACCGGACGCCAAGGGCGAGUCGGGUGCGCGCAGAGACCCGCGGCGAAGCGAGAAAUUGAAGAAACGCGAUGUUUACAAGCCGGGCGAUGUAAUCGGGGAGGGCGACUCCAGGAUCUUAUACGAUUUGGAGUUGCCAGAGAAAGCCUUUGAGAAGAUCCGGGAUGAGGUGGCUUGGCAGAAGAUGUAUCAUCUUUCUGGGCAGGUCCCGCGGAUGGUGGCGGUGCAGGGGCGUGCGCUGAAUGAUGGAUCAAUUCCGAUCUACCGUCACCCAGCGGACGAGUCGCCGCCACUGCAACCGUUCACUCCUACGGUGGACAAGGUACGGGUCGUGGUUGAGCGUAUCCUGGGCCAUCCACUUAAUCAUGCACUUAUCCAACUCUAUCGCGACGGACAAGACCGGAUCUCGGAGCAUUCGGACAAAACUCUGGACAUUGUGCGGGACUCAUUCAUAUGCAAUGUCAGUCUUGGUGCUCAACGCGUGAUGGUGCUGCGAACCAAGGGGAAAGAGUCGGCUGGCGCUGAGAGCGGUCGCGUGACGCAACGCAUUCCUAUGCCACACGAAUCGCUGUUCAUCCUUGGGGAGAAGACGAAUAUGCGGUGGUUGCACGGCAUUCGCCCCGAUAAGCGGGCCAUGGAUGAGAAGUCCCCCGAGGAGCGAGCGUAUGCCGGACAGCGGAUCUCGCUGACUUUCAGACAUAUUGGCACCUAUCUCAACUCAACCGGAAACGCAAUCUGGGGCCAGGGUGCAGUCUCCAAAACUCAGGAUCGUGCCCAUGCAGUGAUCCACGGGCAUCCAGCGGAAACCGAGCGCUUGAUUCGGGCGUUCGGGCAGGAAAACCACGCGACCGAAUUUGACUGGGACGGGGUCUACGGCGCGGGCUUCGACGUUGUCAACUUUGUCACGGCUACGACCGCCAAGCUUGUGGUCGGGCCGGACCCCGUGGCUAAUCUUCGGGUGCGUUUGUGUCUGGGCGAGAACGGACUUCGCUUCGAUGCGACCACCGCCACGGGCGCUGAGACUAUGAAGCUGCCGCUUUACAUUGAUGGUAAUGGAACUGAGAUUGCUAGCGAUUCCAACAUCCUGGCAUAUUUUGCCACUCACGCCACGGGGCUCGUGCACCCGGGCGUAGAAGCUUUGCGCGGAGGGAGCCUCCUGGUCGAGAUUGACCAACUCCUAGCCCACUGGCGCAAUCGGAUGGACCGAUCGGGGAGCGUCGAAUCUCUGGGUAGGUGGGAAGCAGCAUUCCAGACACAGCCGUUCGCAAGUGGUGCCUCCUUUGGAAUUGACGACUGUUCUCUCUGGCCCGUUCUUUGGGAGAUUCAGGCAGCCGGGCAAUUAUCAAGCACCCACUAUCCGAACCUGGUGCAAUAUUACACCCGAGUUGAGAAGCGUGGAAUAGUGAAAGCCACGCUGGAGGAGAUAUUAGAGAAGCCUCAAACCCGAACAUAGAUAUGUCCAAUUCUCGAUUAUGAACAUAAGCGAAUCAGUUCAGAUACCAUUUGCAAUGCAC